UGGGCUGGAUGAGAUUAGGCUUUAGGGAUAAGGUUAGAUUGGCAAGGACGUGUAAGAUAUAACUUGUAAUCUAUGUAUAAGGAUAGGUUAGAUAACUAACUCUAUUGAGUUAUAACCCAUCAUUUUUUGUCUUGUUCAUCUCACAUUUGACACAACAAACAACGGAGUGGACUUAAAUCCAUUUUAAUUGAUCGCAAUCUAUCUCAUCCAGCUCACCAAACGGUCCUGUAGUGAUUAAUGAGGAAUUGCGGAAGAAUUUGUGGUAUGUGGUACACCGUAGUAAAUUUACUAUUCCUAAAUGCUACUGGUAUAUUCUUAUUCGCUAUUAUGUGUCCAAGAUUAUAAAUUCUUUUUAGUUACACAUGUGAGAAUCGAAUGUUGGUCCUAUUAUGAUUCUAACUCGUUACCACCGCUAUGGUAGAAUUUUCGGUAUUUUUUUGUGCUUUUUGGACAGAUGAUGGAGAUAUCAUUUUCAGGUAUAUAUUCUUCUAUGUCAUCAAAACGCUACAUGUUGGAAUGUGUAAAGGUAUAGCUAACCAAACCUAACAACCAUGAUUUUCUUAUACAAUUAUUUCUCAAUCUCCCAACAAGACGAAACCUCUUAAAAAGGUAAUAAAUAAUUAAUACAAAAAAAGAAAGGAGAACAAAUGACGUCAUCAUUUCAAAGUUCAAACCACCUAAACUGUCGGACGCUUGUGCGUCUCUGGCUCGCCCUGUGCAUUAUCGCAAAGCCCUCCCUUCUCCGUCCUCUACUCCGAAUCGUCUUCGGCUUCGCAGCCCCAUUCCUGCAUUCAAAGCCCUUACUCGUUCGCCGCGAUGCUGCCGGACCGCGACCUCUGCACGUGCUUCGCCGGAGGAAAUGGUGGCCCCGAUGGCGACCGCCACGGAUCCGCCGAUCCCAACUGUACGCAUUACAGGAAGUCCGAUCCUUCACCCUCGUCGCUUUACUAUUCUUCCUCGCUCGGAUACGUUUCGGCGCCGUUGAGUGACUCCGAGAAGCUACGGAGAGUCGUGACUGCUUCGGUCAAGGGAUUCACGAUCGGCGCCGGCCUCAAGGGCGGCCUAGCCAUUUUCUCGAUCCUAGCUCGUCUGAGACGACGGAAGCUCUUAGCCUCUCUCAGGACGGAGGGUGUGAUCACAAAUAGAGAAGCAAUUGUUACCGCUUUGAAGGAGACAUUGAGAUAUGGUUUAUUUCUCGGAACUUUUGCCGGCACAUUUGUUUCGGUGGACGAGAUUAUUGGUUCGUUGGCAGGUCACCGUAGGACAGCCAAAUGGAGGGCUUUGUUGGCAGGUGCUAUAGCAGGGCCGUCUAUGCUUCUUACCGGACUGAACACCCAGCAUACGAGCUUGGCCAUAUACAUUCUUAUGCGCGCUGCUGUGUUGGCGUCGCGGUGUGGGAUCAAAAGCAAACGGUUUGGUAGCAUUUGUAAACCUCUCACCUGGGCUCAUGGUGACAUUUUCCUUAUGUGCCUCUCCUCUUCGCAAAUUCUGUCUGCUUACAUAUUGAAGCAGGAAAGUUUACCUCCAUCAUACAAAUCCUUUCUCAAUAAACACGGAGGAAAGGAUACCGUAAUAUUGCAAGGUGUAAAAGAGAUUGCAAGGGGCAUACCUUUUACUAAUUUGGAAGCAAUAGAAAAGCAUUACAAAUCCAUUGGGAAAAAUAUUAAACUAGAUCCAGGCAUGCAAGUUCCCUGCUCGAUUGUUCAUGGAGAUCAGUCAUGUAGUGGACAUGUUCUUUCUUUCCUUAUUCAAGCCUAUAAGAGAGCAUUGCCGGUUUAUCUUCCAGUGUAUCUGAUUCCGGCCCUUAUAGUUCAUCGCCAAGAUCUCUUGAAAAGGCAUUACUCUAUACUACUAAAGGGCCUUCUUGGUACUGCAAGAUCGAGCUUGUUUCUAUCCGUAUAUUGCUCAUCUGCCUGGGCGUGGACGUGCUUUCUGUUUAGGAUUUUCAGGAGGUGUAACAUACCAAUGGUCGCAAUGGGGACGUUCCCGACUGGUCUAGCCUUGGCCAUUGAGAAGAAAAGCAGGCGGAUUGAGAUUUCACUCUACUGUUUUGCUCGGGCCAUCGAGAGCUUUUUCACCUGCAUGGCUGAUACCGGGUACUUGCCGCCUUCAACAAAAUUGAAGAGAGCUGACGUAGUAAUCUUCAGCUUAUCAACAGCAAUCAUAAUGCAUUGCUAUGCACAAGAGAGAGAAGUUUUCAGAUCCAAAUACUUGAAUGUUCUCGAUUGGGUUUUCGGCGUCCCACCUCCAUCUUGUGAAACCCCUCGCUGCAAAAACAGUUAGGAAGUAGUGUCUACAGCAUUUUCGGUUUAAAGUCAUUUUGUUAGAGAUUUCCUUUUGCAUUUCCUCCAAACAGAAUGGAAGGAAGUUAUGUACCAUAACUCUCCCAUUUUGUUACUAAAGUUGUAGGGCAUUGAUUUAUACUUAGCGAUUUUGACACACUGAGUUGCAUCAUAUUCCGCACGAAUACACGCGAUGUUACUUUUCAGUCU